AUGAACGGCAAUCAGUCUCGAUUAGAAUUAUUACCAAAUGAAAUUCUAAUAGAAACUUUCGAAUAUCUCGAAGUUCGUGAUCUUUUUCGGGCUUUUAAUAAUAUUAAUUCACGUUUUAAUGGACUUCUUCAAUCGUUAAAUGAACUUUUUCUUAUUCUUUCAAUUCGUGAUCGUGAUGAAACACCCGAUGAUGUAAAAACUCUACCUCAAAUUCAUACUCUAAUUGUUAAAUAUAAAACGGAUGUUAUUCUUAAUCAUUAUUCAACUAUUCGUCGUUUGAUUCUAAUCGGUUUACCUUAUGCAAGACCUUAUAAACUCGAAAGUGUUGUUCUUCCACAUUUAGAAUAUCUUUCAGUUAUUUUAAAAGGUUCAUCUUCUGUUUUUUCGAUCAGCCGUUUACAUGAACCAAUAUUUUCGAAUAGUUUUCCAUGUUUAAAAUUUUGUUCUCUGCCAAGAAUAUCAACCAUUCAAAAAACAGAACGUUGGACUAAAUUAUUAUCAUUGCGUAUAUUGAAAGUUGGACAUAUUGGCUUAUUUACAUAUAUUGGCAUUCUAACAGCUUGUCCCAAUUUGAAUAUUUUCUAUUUUCUCGAAGAAAAAAUUUUACAAACAUCAACUGUUCUUACACAAUUUAUCAAUCAUGAAAAUCUUAAACGCUUGGUUAUUAAAGAAAAAUAUAUUGGACCUGUAACACAUGUUGGAAUUCUGAAUGAAUACUUAUUAUGUGUGCCUAACCUUGAAUAUCUUAGUAUUCAUGUCACAACAUAUCAUAUGAGAAAUUUACAAUAUCUUCUAGAAUUCGAUUGGCUUGCAUCGAUCGUGUUAUUACAUUUACCAUUACUGUGUCAAUUUCAUUUUCAUUUACCUGUCUUUCGUACAAAACGAAUCGAUAAACUUUUUGAUGAAAAUACGUUUAAUCAAUUAAAAGAACGCUUUAAAAUGAUGCACAAUAAAAGAUAUCAAUCGAAACUUUUUAUAGAUCGAAAAAAUUUUCAACAUCUUCAAUGUUACGAAUACGAAUCGACUGAUUCAUCGUCAAAUGAUGAAUGA